UUCCAGGAGGAUGCUGAGGAACGAGAGGCGGCAGGUCGUAUGAUGGUGCACGCAGCAGAGCAUCGCAGCCCCCGUUCAGCCCUGAGCUGUAGGUCACGAUAAUUAAAUGAUGGAAAAUAAAAUAAAAGGCAGACAACGCAAGGACAGCGGUUAGGACAAGUGCUACCUCGAAUGAAAAAAAAUGUAAUCGGUACUGGAAACGGUGAUGCUGCUUCAACAUGGCAGCGUGUUGAAUCCAUAUAGUGUGGUACCUUUGUAACGAUCAUUGCAGUUGUCAAGAUGGGCUCGCAUGUGGUUCAAACUCUACGGCAGGGAGUGUGGGCUUCGCUUACCGGCGGCUGGUAUCACGACCCGGACCAGAAUAAAUUCAAUAACUCAUGUCACCUUUAUUUGUGGAUGUUUCUUCUUAUGCUACCCUUGUCCCUGCAUUUGGCCCUCCCCCCAACCACAAUGGCACUCAGCAUCUAUUGCACGUCAGUGACGGUCUUCUUCAUCGCCAUAAAGGCAGUGAACUACCGGCUCCACCUGAUGUUCGACAGGGGCGACAUUGUGGCCCAGAACAGUGUGUCUGAUGUCAGCAAAGGUGCUGACAAGAAAAGCAAUGCCUCUGACCCCUGCCUUCCUGCUAACUUAAGAAAAAGCAGUACUGCUCCUGACAGUGUUGCCAUGACAGUACUGACCAGAAAUCGUCUAAGUCCCAUUAUACAAGUGACUGUGAAACAAACAGAGACGGAUUCGGGCCUGAUCGGUGUGGAGUGCCCAAAAGCAGAGGAGUUGAAGAGCGCAGAAGGCCAUAGGGACUCCCCCGCUAAAGAGAGGUCAAGAGACAAGCCCCAGCAUGAGGAUGGAGGUUUGCCAGAGGACAUGUCCAGCCCCAACCCAGACCAGUGCGCCCCUCUCCUGGAGCAGGAGCAGCGGCCGCCCCCAGACAGAGACACCGCAGACGAGGGCCUGCCACCGUCCAAGGACAGCGACGUCGAGAGCGUGGACGAGAAGAGUGAGCGGCAGGUGAAGGAGAAGCCGCCCACUGACCCCAACAACAACGAGAAGAACGAGGAGGAGGAAUGCGGGGGCCUCUCACCGGACAGCCUCUCCCCCGUCCAGGACGCCCCGGCAGAGGAGACCUACUGCUCGGACGAGAUCGCGGUGAUGCUGGUGGACAACUCGGGCGCGUCGGUGCGCCUGGACGAGAGCGACACGGUGAAGAUCAUCAUCACCAUGAGCUGCGACGCCCAGACGGCCGCCGAGCUGGAGGAGUCGGUCAAGCAGAGCAUCAUGGAGUCGGCCCAGUCGAAGAUGGCCAAAGAUGGACAAGGGGAGUCCCGGGGAGACUGCAUGAUCCGGAUACCCGUCAUCACCUUCGACUCACCCCUGGAAGACGAGCACGAGGCCACCGUCAAGGGAGAGGAUGACCGGGAGGACGAGUACAGACUAGCCGCGGAGGACGAGCCAGCUGACCAACCGCCGAUGCAGAAUCCCGAACUCAGCCACUCCAAAGAACCAAUCAGCUCAGACUCGGCCACACAGGACUGUCGGGAGUAUGAGCCGGACGAACAGGAGGUGGAGCAUGGCAGCCUGCCGCUGACCAAUGACAACAGCUCCUCGGGCAUCGACGUCCACUCGCACCCCGACGAGAAUGAGGCACCGGAGCUCCGGAUGGACGCCGACGGCUUCCUGCAAAUCCCGGCUGGCUAUGGGCGCUACGGCCCUGGGGGCAGGACACACGUGCGUGGGCUGAGUAUAGACAGUGGGAGGGACGCCGUGCUCAUCGCUGACCGGUCCAAGGGCCGGACGCACACCAUGACCACCUCCAAGUCGGACCUGGAAGCCAAGGAGGGCCAGAUGCCCAACGAGUCCAACUUUGUGGAGUUUGUGUCGCUGCUGGAGUCCAUCAACAGCACGCGAGCGGCCAGCAGCUCUCAGCCUGAGACGGAUGACGCAGAUGAGAAAAAUGAGGAGGAAGAUGAUACCAUGGUGACGGUGAAGAAUGAUGAGGAGACAGAGACAGAGAGCCAGCGUCCAGAGAGACCCAACCCUCCCAACAGUCUGGCCACCACGGACACACCCCUCGCUGUUCCAGAGAGGCUCAUCCCCAUUGUCUCUCCUGACAGUCCUCAGACGGAUAAAGAUAAAGACCCAGACUACGACUCCCUUCCCUCCCAAACGUCCCAGUCUGAGAGUUCCAUGCUCCAGGUCAUCUGCAGACCAGAGGCCACCUCCAAAGAGGAGGCCUACACCUUCCACACGGUCCACAGAGACAGACCUAGGAAGUUGUACAAUGAGAGAGCCCUGAACUUACCCCUUGGGGCUGAGUUGAUUACAGGCAACAUGUGUGAUCUCCUGUCGACCUCCUCCAACUCGGAGUGCCAGGACGGUUUAGCCGGAGGUCAUGCGGACUGCCCAUUCCAGCGCCGCAUCAUUCCUGCUCACCGACUGCGCCCGAGGAGAACACAUCCAGAGAUCUUUCAGGAAGAGGACUCACUAGAUGACUCGUCAGACACGUCGACUCAGGAGAAGCCAUCUCGGAAGCUCUACUACAAGCUGAAGGUCUUUCCUGGGAAGUGGGUCAACAUCCUGUAUGAUCGGCUGACCUUACUCGCACUGUUUGACAGGAAUCAAGACGUGUCAGAAAACGUGGUAGCUGUCUUCCUGGCGUUCCUGGUGUCUUUCCUAGGAUUCGUCCUGCUGAACCAUGGCUGUUUUAAGGACAUCUGGGUAUUCCAGUUCUGCCUUGUCAUCGCCAGCUGCCAGUAUUCCCUCUUAAAGAGUGUCCAACCAGAUGCAGCUUCCCCAACUCAUGGACACAAUCAAAUAGUUGCAUACAGUCGAGCUGCAUACUUCUGUAUAUUCUGUGGCCUUAUUUGGAUCCUGGAGCUGUUAUUAAAACAGUCAAACCUUCCUGUGUCCAGAUUGUAUGGCAUGAAUAUUGUCUUAUCCGACACCCUCCAUUUUGUCCGAGACAUUUUAGUUGGAUUCACUUACUGUUUCCCUGUUACAUUCCUUGUUGGCCUUCUCCCUCAGAUUAACACAUUUGUAAUAUACUUCCUGGAGCAGAUAGAUGUGCAUUUUUUUGGAGGAACAGCUGCAACUGGGCUUGUGUCCGCAGUAUACAGCAUCAUGAGAAGUUUGACUGCGAUUGCUCUACUCUAUGGGUUCUGCCUUGGCGCUUUAAAGGAACCGUGGGAUGAGCAGCACAUUCCAGCGCUGUUCUCGGGCUUCUGUGGACUGCUGGUUGUCUUCUCCUAUCACCUCAGCAGACAGAGCAGCGACCCCUCCGUGCUCAUGUCUUUAAUCAAGUCCAAACUGAUACCUGUGUUGGGUGGAAGUGAAGAAGAGGAAGAGGCCACCACAGAGAAGAUAGAUCCUCUACCGGAGAAGCUGAGAGGCUCAGUGAAAGAGAUAUUAAUCUCAGACCUGUUUGUGUGUACGCUGGCGUCAGUGUUGACCUUUGCGGUGACGGCCAGCACUGUCUUCCUGUCUCUGAGGCCCUUUGUCACCAUCGUGCUGUAUGCGCUGGCUGGGACGGUGGGCUUCAUCACCCACUAUCUCAUCCCCCAGCUGAGGAAGCAUCACCCCUGGCUCUGGAUCGCUCAUCCUGUGCUCAAGAGCAGAGAGUACUCCCAGUUUGAGCCUCGAGAGGACGCCCAUCUGAUGUGGUACGAGCGAUUGUACGUUGGACUGCUCUCCUUUGAGAAAUAUGUGGUCUACCCUGCCAUUGUCCUCAGCGCCCUGACCAACGACGGCUUUGCUCUGAGUCAUCGCAAGAAGCUGGGCAUCCACUUUGAUGUCUUGUUGAUGACAGUUGCUGGGAUGAAGCUUCUGCGCUCCUCCUUCUGCAAUCCCAGCUACCAGUUUGUCACACUUCUCUUCACCGUCAUCUUCUUCGAGUUUGACUGCAGCAGGGCCUCCGAGACCUUCCUGCUCAACUUCUUCCUCAUGACCAUAGUCUUCCACAAGCUUUGGGACCUGCUCCACAAACUGCACUUCAUCAUGGUGUACAUCGCGCCCUGGCAGAUCGCAUGGGGAAGUGCAUUUCAUGCCUUCGCGCAGCCUUUUGCAGUGCCUCACUCUGCUAUGCUGCUGCUGCAGACUCUCCUCACCACGCUCUUCUACACGCCGCUCAGCCCCUUCCUGGGCAGCGCCAUCUUCAUCACCUCCUACCCCCGGCCCGUCAAGUUCUGGGAGAGGAACUACAACACUAAACGGAUUGACAACUCCAACAGCAGACUGGUGUCUCAGGUUGAUAAAGAUACAGGUUGCGAUGACAACAACCUGAACUCCAUCUUCUAUGAGUACCUGACGCGUUCGCUCCAGCACUCUCUUUGUGGCGACCUGAUGCUGGGUCGCUGGGGCAACUACAGCUCUGGUGACUGCUUCAUCCUCGCCUCCGACUACCUCAACGCCUUCGUGCACCUCAUCGAGAUCGGGAACGGCCUGGUCACCUUCCAACUCCGGGGACUGGAGUUCCGGGGUACAUACUGCCAGCAGCGUGAGGUGGAGGCCAUCACGGAGGGGGUGGAGGACGACGAUGCCUGCUGCUGCUGCGAGCCGGGCCACCUGCCCCACGUCCUGUCCUGCAACGCCGCCUUCAACCUGCGCUGGCUGGCCUGGGAGGUGACCACCACCAAGUACCUGCUGGAGGGCUACAGCAUUAGCGAGAACAACGCCGCCACCAUGCUGCAGGUGUACGACCUGCGCAAGCUGCUCAUCACAUACUACUUGAAGAGCAUCAUCUACUUCCUCGUCCACUCGCCCAAACUGCAAACGUGGCUGAAAGACUCCACCAUGCUGGAGGCUCUGCAGGCCUACACCAAAUGGCACCACAUCGAGCGGGACCCAGCCGUGUUCAGCGUGAAGAUCGAUGAGGACUACGUCCACUGCCUACAGGGGGUGACCAGGGCCAGCUUCUGUAACGUCUACCUGGAGUGGAUACAGUACUGUGCUGGCAAGCAGGAAGAGCCAAUGGAAUGUGAUGAGGACUCAGUCCUGGUCACUCUAUGUUUUGGGCUGUCAGUGCUGGGUCGAAGGUCAUUGGGAACGGCAUCCCACAACAUGUCAAACAGCCUGGAGUCGUUCCUGUAUGGCUUUAACACCCUGUUCAAAGGGGACUUCCGCAUCUCCAGCAAGGAUGAGUGGGUGUUUGCAGACAUGGAUCUGCUGCAGAAGGUGGUGGCGCCAGGCGUGAGGAUGAGUCUGAAGCUCCACCAAGAUCACUUCACCUGUCUGGAGGAGACGGAGGAGCCAGCCAUCUUGUACGAGGCCAUCACUAACUACCGCACGAGCCUGGUGAUCUGCCACGAGAGCGACCCCGCCUGGCGCAAGGCGGUACUGUCCAGCCGAGACACGCUGCUCACCCUCAGGCACAUGGUGGACGACGGCACGGACGAGUACAAGAUCAUCAUGCUCUACAAGCGCCACCUCAGCUUCAAAGUCAUCAAGAUCAACAAGGAGUGUGUGCGAGGCUUGUGGGCUGGGCAGCAGCAGGAGCUGGUGUUCCUGCGCAACCGCAACCCCGAGCGCGGCAGCAUCCAGAACUCCAAGCAGGCGCUGCGCAACAUGAUCAACUCAUCAUGCGACCAGCCGCUGGGCUACCCCAUGUACGUGUCGCCGCUGACCACCUCCUACAUGGGCACCCACAAGCAGCUCCGUGGCAUCUGGGGCGGCCCCAUCAGCCUGGCCACCAUCCGCGGCUGGCUCUGCACCAAGUGGCUACGGGUACGAAAGGACAACUUGACCAGUUGUAACAGCGGGGUCAACAUGGACGAUGUGGACUGUGCCGGCUCCUCGCUCAGCCAGAACCACAACUCCAUCACGUCGCAGAGUCUCAGCACGUACCAGGCCCGGCCCAGGGCCUCGCAGGCGGUCCGGCACCACGGCGCAGGGCGCCGAGAGUACCGCAGCCGGUCAGUUCAGCCCCAAGCCCAACGGCCCCCGGUCACCAGCCAAUCGGGCCCUAUCCUGGACAGCCAGCACGGCUCGUCAGCCUCGGGGCCCAGCCUGGUGCAGCGGCUCUCCAACAGCCAGCUGUCCUUCAACACCUCCAUCGCCUCCAUCUUCUCCCAGGUCCCACGCCUCUCCACGGCGGGGCUGCAGUCGGCGGCCACUGUGGCGGCGGGGAUUGGGGUCGGGGGCGUCGGAGGUGGAGGUGGAGGAGGAGGAGGAGGAGGAGGUGGUGGAGGGGGUCAUCACCACCGCUCAGGUCAGGUGUCGUCGUCCAGCUCUACGCUCAGCCUCCUCUUCGGCAAGCGCAGCUUCUCCAGCGGUCUGGUCAUCUCGGGGCUCUCAGCGGCCGAGGGCGGCAACACCACCGACACGCAGUCUUCCAGUAGCGUCAACAUCGCAGCUACGGGCCAGUCGGCGAGGUCCACCAGUAGAGCAACACAGUGGACGUCAGAGGCCUUUGAAAGCAUGGACGGGACCAACUCCAACGUCUUCACGGGCGCCAAAGACAACCCGCCAUCCAUAGACCGAGACCGUAGCAGCACGCAAUGCACGGACAGGAGCCAGGAAGACUCGGCUCUGGCCUCCGCCGUCCAGGAGCUACCGGACCAGAAGACCAUCUGAGCGCAGACCAGUACCAGCGGGAUCAAUCGUCUCCAGAAGGGAACCUCCACCUCCUGCUACUUGUCCAGGCCACCAAAACCUGCCUCACCUCCCAGCACGUUGAUUAUGAGUUUCCUGAAUGUACAUGUAGACUGUGACUUUUUAAAAAAAAAAAGUACUCAUGUAUAAAAUAAAAAAACAAACAAAUCAACAAACUAGAAACAUCUUCCACAUUUAAUAUUACACUGAAUUGGAAGGUUAAUUGAAACAAGUACAUUAGGAAAAUGUGUGUGUCUUUGCGUGUAUGUGUAUUUAUGUGAGUGUGUGUGAGUGAAUGUGUGUGUGUAUGUGUGUGGUACGGUACGGUACAGUACAGUGUUCGAGUACUGUGUCCAGAUAAAAAUGUGAAGGGUCUGUAGUCUAGUCAGUGUCCACCCCAAAACUACUGAUACAAACUCAGACUUUUUUUUACAGCCAUAACUUAACUCUCACACACUCAGUUGAUCUUUACAGGAAGCAGACAGCCCAGUUUCUCCCUGGACAUCUGGGGAAGUAUUUUUAGAUGGACUGUGCUGCCCAGUCUCCCACACACCUCUCAGCCUCCUCCAAACCAAUGGGCGCAUGACCACAUGGACUCCUGCCUGACCAACACCGACUUCCCACAGUCUCUCCUGUUUACCAAUGAAUACUCUUCUCACGAUAUCAGGAUGUUCACAGAAGGAGUGGAGAAUUGCUAUGACUGAAUUAUGUGUCUUCAUGUGUAAUUUCACUGGGUUUUGUAUGAGGCACAGGUCAUAGUGGUAUAACUGAAACCUUUUUUCAGUCCCAGGUUAAGGUGAAGAUAAGGGACUGUCUUGUCCUCUUACACUGUAUGGAAAUAUGCAGUAUUAUGCAUCGCCAUUGACAACACAUUUCCCAUGUGAACGUAAGACUGACAGAAUUUAACAUAGUUGUUUAUGUUUAUGUUUUAUAUAAUGGCAAGAGUGUGUUGUGCUGAAGUUAAUGCAAAAAUAAGCGGAAAGGGAAGUGACCAUGGGUCGGGAAACUCUUGCAGUAGCCCUUUAAGUACGUGUCUUAAAUGGGAUUUAAAUUCUGUCAUUGGAGUCAUUGUACACUUCACAUUUUAAAUAAAAAAAUGCCACUUGGGGGGUGAGUAUGUUUCAGUUA